AUGGACGUUGAAUCAUUGAUCCAAAUUGAUAUAUCGGACUUCUUGUCCAAUCAUUAUGUUGACUCUUAUACCAACAUUCCAAAUGCACCAAAGAGACUAUCAUUAUCCGAGGAAUUCCUGGUCCUUAUGAUGGACGAGUCCACCGCCAAGCUACCAUCAAACAACUAUCCAAUCUACCUUGGUCUAAUAUGCACUGGUGUGGCCGAGUUGAUCCUAAUGAAGAAGGUUGGAUUCGAGAGGGCACAAGGUACCAAAGAUAUGCCAAAGUUGACUAUAUUGGAUGAUUCACCAAUUAUUAGUGAUAGGUUCUUGGAUUAUUUGAUGUCCAAGAUAUUGAAAUGCAAGCAAAGGGCCUUCAAUCAGGUCAUUAUGCAUAUUGGUAGAGGAUUCAUCUUUGUAAAGGAGAAGAGGAUUGUUGGCAAGGUAGUUGAACAAUUGAUAAACAAGAAGGUACUAUCCAUGACCUCCACCAAGAAGAACACAUAUCAAUGGAAUGAUUCCACCUACAAGGCAACAAUCGAGGCCAACUGUGCCACUAUUGCCAAUCAACAUAUUGAUGACUUUGACGAUGUGAUCGAGAGCAAUAUUCGUGAAAUCCUAUUAUUGUUGACAAUGAGUCAAUACUCAGAGAUGACGAUCGAGUCUUUGAUUAGGAAGUUUGUAGAGAGACUGAAUGAGAAGGAGACCAUCCAGAAUAAUAUCAAAUCACUCGAGAGCUAUUUCAAUAGAACAUCAUCAUAUGGACAUCCAAUCAACAAGUAUCUCUUCUGGUAUCUAUCAGCUAUGCGACAACUAUUUAGUCAAUAG